UGUGGGUGACUGAGGCUGCGAUGAUCUACACUCUAUCUUGCCUGCUCCUCUGCCUGCUCACAGGAUUGACAACCUCUGGAGCCCUGAAAGAGCUGGCUGGUGCCCUUGAUGGAUCUGUGACUUUCCCUUUAAAUCACUUGAUAAAAAAGAUGGAUACCAUCAUAUGGACCUUCAAUUCGGACACUAUUCUCACUAUACAGUCGAACAUAAUAGACACUGUCAUUGUGACUCAUAAUGAGAAGAAAAGGGUUACCUUCUUACGUGCAAACUACUCCCUUAUCCUCAGUCACCUAAAAAAGAACGACUCGGGUGUCUACUGUGUAAAGAUCCACACCUCAUCCAGCAGCUCUCAGUUCACCCAGAAGUAUAGAUUGCGAGUCUACGAGCACCUCCCGAAGCCCAGUGUCAUCCUGGGUCAUCAGAGCAACGAGAAUGGCACCUGCAUGACCAACCUGACAUGCUCCAUGGAGCAGAGAGAAGAGGAGGUGACUUACAGCUGGACAUCUCUCGGGCAGAUGGCCAAUGAGUCCUAUGAUGGCUCUGUCCUCCUUGUAUCCUGGAGUCUGGAGGACAGGGACAUAGCCUAUAUCUGUGUGGCCAGGAACCCAGUGAGCAGUAACUCUUCAAGUCCCAUUUCUGCCAAGAAGCUCUGUAAAGGUGCUUCUGGGGACUUGGAUUCCUCUAAGGUUGUCCUGAUGGCAUUAUUUCUCCCAUUCUUCCUGAUUGGGUUAUCUUUUUUGAUUGUGUGGAUAAGAAAAGGAAGAGUUUCAGAGCCCACUGUUGAGAAGAAGAUGAUGGAUACUCCCCGUGUGGCUCCUCACCAGGACCUCCCUUUUGGAGAGAUUUCAGAGUAUGACACGAUCCCUAACCUCCAGACUGAGAGAACCUGCUCCAUUCCUGCUACUCCAGACACACCAAGGCAAAUUACCUAUGAGGAUAUCAUCUGAACAGCAGUGUAGCACCCACGUAGCCUGUCCUGGAAGAAGUCACUACCUGGACAGGAAAUGGGCAUGGAAGAAAUGGAACACUAGCUUCUGGCCAGGAAAAACUGUUCUUUUUGCUUUGCCAGGUUUAGGAGAUUCUAAUUCCACUCCUCUGACACAACCUUAAUUCCAGCAUGUGACUGUCCCUCCCAGGAAGUGAUGUGGCACUGACCAACAUGUCAAUGCUCAUGCGAACUCAGCCUUGCAUGAGCAAGGUACUUCUGUGCUGGGGACCAGCAGCAUACUCACCACCUGGUGCCCAACUGGCAGAACCUUAGGGAGGUGACUUCUACCAUGUAAGCAGAUCCUGUAGAGCUGACUGUUUAGCAGAGGCCCACUUUGGGUCAGAUCUGUCUCUGCACCCAGGAAACCGGCCCUUCAACUUCUGAGGGUGUGUGCAUCAGCUCAGACCCUGAGCUUCCAUCCCCAGGAAGUCAAGUGUGACCCCUCCAAAAUCUGGGGACCAAUGUAUGCAAGGACAUGGCUGCUGGUGUAGGUACAGAAUCAGGCUUGACUAGAUGACCAUCAACAUGUCUAACUAAGGGCAGGGGCCAGUCAGCUAUGCGUUUACAACCCUGAAGCGGGUACCUUGAGCAAGUUACAGUAACUAAAGCAAAAUCUGUAGACAAAGGAGAGAUAUCCCCCAUUUUAUUUCUGUUGCUGUUCUUUGGAUAGACUUUGCUCUAAGGGGAAAGACUUGUGUGAGCCAAGUUUUUUGUUUGUUUGUUUUUCUUUAUUUGGCCGCUCCUGGCAGCUAUUUUCUCCUUAUUCCCCCCCCCCCUUUGGUAGAGCAGUAAGAAAUUGAGAGAGGGGGAGAGAGAGACACAGAAACACCUGCAGUACUUAACCAUUUGUGAAGCGACCCACCACCCCUGCCAGUGGGGAAUGGAGGCUCAAAAUCAGGUGCCUGUUUUAUUAUUUGGAGAGAGAUAAAGAGAAAGGAGAGAGGAGGGAAAGACAGGGAGGGAUAAACAGAGAGACACCUACAGCACUGCUUUACUGAAGCUUCCCUCCUGCAGGUGAGGACUGAGAGGCUCAAGCCUGGGCCCUUAUGCAAUGUAACAUGUGCCCUCAACCAAGUGUGUCAUGGCCUGGCUCCAAAAGGUUUGAAAAGCUACACCCCCUUCCUGAUGGCCCCAAAUCCAGCUCCUGGGUUUUUUGAUUCCAGCUUAAUUUGAGCUAAUAGACUGUAGCCCCGAGGCUACAUAAUAAAGCAGAUCAAUUAAUACAAGAGUUGGCAUGA